AGAGAGAGGCACGAAUGCAGUUUACACGCUAGCCCAGCUGCCAGAUAUUACAGCAAGCUCAAUUCUACCGUACUGGAUGUGAGGAAAGGGGCGUAAACGCUAGGAUGACAAGGACGCAGAAUGAAGAGAAGCCACCGUUGCGUUCACAUGGGAAAUGAGCUGUGCUGAAUAAACACAAGCCGCAGAAGAGACGGAGCGAGAGGACCGGCGCAGUAGACCCAGCUCGAUUCAAAUGAAGAAAGACAGCCAUGGGCUCCGUAAAAGACCAUCUCUCCACCAGUGACUGGCCUCGCGUUUCCGCCCGCUGACAGCCAGAAGUUCUUUCAGGUUCUUCGUCCCCAGACGCUCUCAGAAUGCACCCACUUUCCUGCUGGCAGAAGUGCUCACGGGAGCGCUAAGGAUUUUCCGCGAAUAAAAGAACACAUCCUUGAUCAGGAUUUUUUAUUGAAAUCUCUUGACGUUGACCACUCAGACGCCCAUCCAUCACUUCGAGUUGAAAAGGAACCCGGAGGGGCCAAAGGAAUAAGUAUCAUCCAAUCAUCCCGGGAUCCUUUGAUUUCACAUCAUGUCGAGAGGAUCCUAAGCAAUACCGUUCGACGGGAGAUAAUUGAACUUCCUGCCGGCAGGCGAUUGAAAAUGGAGGACUAGAGGUUGAAGUGGUUUUUCUGGGGGUCGCCGCUCGGGAUCAGAUUGGAGCAUAGUUUUGACAUCCAACUGAUUCCUGUCCGUGGCUUUACUUUUUUGUCCUUUUGGCUAGUUCUCUAGAUAAGGGACGGAAGAGCUGCGGAAAAAUAGGAUGUUGUGUUCGGUUUCACUUUUAGAUUAACAUUCAACAGUGUUGCUGUGUCGGUGCGGAAAGAGAGAAAGAAAGAAUCGAGAUAGGGAGCAGAUGGUGUGCCUUCGAUUAACAAUGUGGGGCAACCGAACGCAAAUUUAUUGUAUGCUCUAGCCUUAUUAUUCAGGUAGGGAUAAAUCGAAAGAAAAGAUAGAGAACAAGACCAAAGACCAAUAGACGGCGAGCAUAAAGGGAGGGAGGGGGCCGAUGCCACAGAUAUGAGGUGUUAUCUCCCGCCUGUUUGAUUAAGUUAGGCCUUUCCUAUUCAUCUUCUUUUCAUCUCAAAAAUGAGAUUUUUUCCUUUUUCAAAUGACCCUUAAGACUUUAACACACUGCAGAGACUGAGUUUGGGUGGGGAAACGGAGGGAGAGAGUUUGUUCCCAGCUGAAACAAAAUGUUCUCCUGCCUUCUUAUUCCUACAAUUUACCUCAACCCUUCCUUUCUGUUUUUAUCCCCCCACUUACGCCUCUGGGAGAUCAGGCGAGAGAAUUGAGUUGUUUAUCUCCGCUGGAAUUUUUUCAAUUUUUGCUUCCCUGACAGAUUUUUUUCUGUUUCUUUCACCCCGGACAAAAUGCAGUUGUAUCGCAAGUCAAAAUCAGGAACCUGAUAUCGUUCGCAAGAGGAGAGCCAGGCACAGAGAUAGAAAGAAGAGAGACCGAAACCAUCUGAAGGAAGCCUAAACUCCGAUCUUAAAAAGAUCUGGUUUUUCUCAACCCCCAACUCCCCAAUCCGGUUCAGAGGUAUCCUCGGAUAUUCCUUCCUCGAUCCCUCUCUUUCUACGGAUCUGUCGGCGUUCUCGACGAAACGCAGCCAGCUUGUCUCGGUGCCAAUCCUUUGAUAUUAGCUCCUGGUGUCGUCUGCUUCAUUCAGUGGCGGUGCAGGCAGCCAGACGACCUUUCUCCAUGAGGAGCAGGGGAAGAUGCCGGCUCUGCCAGCGCUGCUGCUGUCGAUUCACCUCCUCUUCCUCCUCCAGUUACUGCUGACCAUGGCCCCGUCCUCUCACAGCCAGACACCUGCUCUCUCAGCCGUCAGGAUGGCCGCUAUUUUAGAUGAUCAGUCGGCGUGUGGACGUGGAGAACGUUUGGCUUUGGCUCUGGCUCGAGAGAACAUCAACAGUGUGAUGGAGGCCCGAGCUCGUGUGGAGGUUGACAUCUUUGAGUUACAGAGGGACUCUCAGUACGAGACUACAGACACAAUGUGUCAGAUUUUGCCAAAGGGAGUGGUCUCUGUGAUCGGCCCCGCCUCCAGUCCAGCUUCUGGGUCCACAGUCAGUCAUAUAUGUGGGGAAAAAGAGAUCCCUCACAUCAAGAUUGGUCCUGAGGAAACUCCACGCUUGCCCUACCUGCGCUUUGCCUCGGUGACGCUGUAUCCUAGCAACGAGGACUUGAGCUUGGCCAUCGGUGCCAUACUGCGUUCCUUUAGUUAUCCAAUGGCCAGCCUGAUCUGUGCCAAAGCAGAGUGCCUGCUGCGAUUGGAGGAGCUGGUGCGUCACUUCCUCAUCUCCCGGGAAACGCUCUCUGUGAGGAUGCUUGAUGAGAACUUGGACCCCACACCCCUGCUGAAAGAAAUACGUGACGACAAAGUCGCCACGAUUAUCAUUGACGCUAAUGCAUCAGUGUCUAUUCUAAUACUGAAGAAGGCCUCAGAAUUGGGCAUGACAUCAGCCUUCUACAAGUACAUCCUCACCACAAUGGAUUUCCCUCUGUUAAGGUUGGAUGAUGUGGUCAAUGAUCAGACAAAUAUCAUUGGCUUCUCCAUGUUGAACAUCAGUCAUCCUUUCUACUUAGAGUUCAUCAGGAGUCUGAACCUGUCAUGGAGAGAAGGCUGUGAUCUCAGCCCUUACCCCGGACCAGCGUUGUCGUCGGCGCUGAUGUUCGACGCAGUUCACGUGGUGGUCGGCGCGGUACGAGAGCUGAACCGCAGUCAGGAGAUUGGCGUGAAACCUCUCAGCUGCACCUCCUCGCUCAUCUGGCAGCACGGCACCAGUUUAAUGAACUACCUGCGCAUGGUAGAAUAUGACGGCCUGACGGGUCGCAUCGAGUUCAACAGCAAAGGCCAGCGCACCAACUACACCCUGCGUAUUCUUGAAAAAUUUAAGGGGGGUCACAAAGAGAUUGGUGUCUGGUACUCUAAUAACACACUGGCUAUGAACUCCACAUCUUUAGACCUCAACACAUCUGAAACUUUAGCCAACAAGACGCUUAUCGUCACCACGAUACUGGAAAAUCCAUACAUGAUGCGCAGGGCAAAGUACCAGGAAUUCCAGGGAAACGAUCAGUACGAGGGAUUCUGUGUGGAUAUGCUGCGGGAGCUGUCGGAUAUUUUGAAGUUCUCUUACCGGAUCAAGUUAGUGGAUGACGGGCUGUAUGGAGCUCCAGAACCGAACGGGUCGUGGACCGGCAUGGUGGGAGAACUCAUCAACCGGAAAGCAGAUCUGGCAGUCGCGGGAUUUACCAUUACGUCUGAGAGGGAGAAAGUCAUCGAUUUCUCUAAACCUUUCAUGAACCUGGGCAUCAGUAUCCUGUACCGCGUUCACAUAGGCAGGAAGCCAGGUUAUUUCUCCUUCUUGGAUCCCUUUUCGCCAGCAGUCUGGCUCUUUAUGCUUUUAGCCUAUCUGGCUGUUAGCUGUAUACUUUUCCUGGCAGCCAGGCUGAGUCCAUAUGAGUGGUACAACCCCUUCCCGUGUUGGCGGGACCGCAGGGAUCUUCUGGAGAACCAGUACACGCUGGGGAACAGCCUGUGGUUUCCUAUUGGUGGUUUCAUGCAGCAGGGCUCAGAGAUCAUGCCCCGGGCCCUGUCCACACGCUGCGUCAGUGGAGUUUGGUGGGCCUUUACGCUGAUCAUCAUCUCCUCCUACACGGCCAACCUGGCGGCGUUCCUGACGGUUCAGAGGAUGGAGGUCCCGAUCGAAUCUGCCGACGACCUGGCCGAUCAGACGAACAUCCAGUACGGCACUAUUCAGGGAGGAAGUACCAUGACCUUCUUUAUGAACUCACGCUACCAGACGUACCAGCGCAUGUGGAAUUACAUGUACUCCAAGCAGCCCAGCGUGUUCGUGAAGAGCACGGAGGAGGGCAUAGCGCGGGUUUUAAACUCCAAGUACGCCUUUCUUCUGGAGAGCACCAUGAACGAGUACUACCGAGUUCUGAACUGCAACCUCACGCAGAUAGGAGGUCUGUUGGACACCAAGGGCUACGGCAUUGGAAUGCCUUUGGGUUCUCCGUUCAGAGAUGAGAUCACAUUAGGUGUGUUACAACUGCAGGAGAACAACAGAUUAGAGAUUCUGAAACGUCGAUGGUGGGAGGGGGGCAAGUGUCCUAAGGAGGAAGACCAUCGAGCCAAAGGUUUGGGGCUGGAGAACAUCGGAGGAAUCUUCGUGGUGCUGAUAUGUGGGCUCAUAAUAGCUGUUUUUGUGGCCAUUAUGGAGUUUGUGUGGUCCACACGCCGGUCGGCAGAGAAAGAUGAGGUACGCCCUCACUCCUGCAGCGCCCGAAAACACAGACACGCCAGAGUGUCAGUAUGUCAGGAGAUGAUGACGGAAUUCCGAAACGUUAUCUCCUGUAAAAAGAACUCCCGUUUACGACGCCGACGACCCCUUUCGUCCCAUGGUAUCCUCCGUCACCCGGCCCGUCUCCCUCUGGGAGCCCCCAGGCCCGUACGUCUGAUACGAGAGAUGCGUCUCAGCAACGGCAAACUGUACAGCGGGGCGGGCACCUUAACCGGAGCCGCGACCAUCCCGGGACCUGUCGGGGUCCCUGCGGAAAUUGGGCCGGGCCCUCAGCGGUUGCUGGAGGACCCUCUCGGUGCCAACAUCUCUAACACCGCACCCUCUCUGGUUCCCGCUACGAUUCCCGCUCCGACCCCCCGAGGCUGCACGCACGUACGAGUGUGCCAGGAGUGCCGUCGAAUCCAGAGCCUCCGUUCCUCGUCGGCUUGCUCUCGUAUCGCCCAGCUGGCCUCCGCCACGUCCUCUCUCCCUCGUCUGCCCCCGCCACCCUCCGCUUCCAUUACAAACACAGACUGCGAGGGAGGGGGCUCGGGCAGCCCCCGCAAGCCCAAACCCACGCCCCCUCCCAGGCCGUUACCGCCCGCUAAAUCGCCCUCUACCGAUCUGCUCUGUAAGCAAGACUGAGGUACAUGCGAGAUGAUGAAUGUGCGGCUCGCUGGAGGACAGACAGAUACGCGUCAAGUCGAGACUCACAAAUAGCUGUGCCGACACCUCCAGUCAAAGUGACCUCUGGGAUACUGCAGAAAUAUGGGCCGUUUUGGCGGCACCUCAGACUGAUGCAAAUUAAAUUAAUGGAAACCGAGCGGAUGAUUCAGCCAACCUUUUCCUUUCCAAGUGUCCAGUUUAACGCUCUCAUGCAAUGGCACGGGGAGGAAUGUGAGGUUUGGCCGACUGUUGAGACUACGUAACGCAUAUCCCAUGAAAGAAUGCUAUGCAACAUAAGCGGAUAAACCGAGAAGAACCGAAGGAAUGCCGUAUGGUUUUAACUAGAUUUUACGAUGGAUUAUGCUCCUGCGAGGACCAUUCAGUCAGACUCAACAAAUGUGUGCACAUAGAAGUGAAAUCGUGUUAAUUUCCUUUUUUUCUUUCUCUAAUAGUGAAUCUAAGGGGGGAUGUAAAGCUUCGCUCUUUUUAUUUCUAAAGGUCACUUGCUUCUUUUCAUUUUUAGCUUUUUAGUUAAUUGAAUUCUUUCAACUCGUUUUUAAAACAAUAGCUCUUUUCCUCCAGUCGGUGUCUCUAUAGACAAGUCUUUUUGAUUUUUCUACGUUUUGAGGGGGACGUGUUAUGGUUUGUUUUGAGUGUAUCUCUGAGAAACAAAAAUCUCCAAAACAGUCAAGGAUUAAAGUCAACAUGAAUCAUUUACCUCCAUACUGCGACAUCUAAAUGAAUGAUGACUUGAUUGUAACCGUAAUGUCAGGUUUACCCUUCAAAACAUUUACAUUUGACAGACGCUUUUAUCCAAAGCGAGAUUUUGUACAUUCAAGGUCCAUUUUUGCCUGGGAAUCAAACCCUAUGACCUGUACAAUGCUUAUGCAAUUCUUUACAAGUUUAGACUUUCCAAUUCCUGCGUUAACUAUUGGCAAGAAAGGCUUUGUUACAUAUAACAGUAAUGCCUUAUAGCUGUUAGCUAGUAGCUGUAUUAGCUGUAUGAUGUCAUUCCAGAUGAUGUCAUUCCAGAAAAAAAUUUGAUAAUUAAAAGUAAAUGAAAGAUAAUAGACCAAUGUUUUUUUUUGCAAUAAUGUGCACCGAUCGAGCAUGAUAAGAGCCUUCGAUUAAGAAAGUAAUUGGGGUCAAUUUUGACUUCAUGUUGACUUUAACAAGAUUUGAAAUUCUAGGCAGAUCGCAUCAUGAGAGUACACAAGGAAACACUUCUCAUUUGCAGAGCAAUGACAAGUACAAACGAGACGGAGGACCUUUUGUGCACCUGUAGGCCUGUGCGAUGCUGCGAUGGGACGAAUAAUGAUACUUCUCAUUACAGAACUAAAUGAGCAACUGUCACGAGUUAUUUGUUGAAACGCACCAGAGGUGGCUGUCUUGGUGGUUAAAUUUCAACACCCAUUUAUAUCCCCCCAAAAAACCCAGCAGUACUAUUUUCAGUCUACAGAAUUAUAGCAUUCAUAUGUUGGUGCUUUUUGGUGUGCGUUUGAAUAAGGGUCACAUGGGGUACGAGGCUGUUUGUGAUUCAUUUUUUUAUCCAAGCUGAUUUUUUAUUUCCUCAUAAAUUUUCAGAGAUUUCUAUACAGUGCUUGAUGAAUCACACCCACGAUGAAGAAUAUCAAGUAAAUGAUUGAGAUUAUAUUGUUAUUAAUAUUCAAAUAAAAAUGUGGGUUAUGUAGGAGGGCUGUUGCCCUCUUUGGUUAAAUAUACAGUAUAGACACGUUUGGAAUAAAACUG